AUGGAUAGUCGGGAGACCCUGACCGCCGAGACCCUUGUUGAUGCCCCCCAAGAGGCUGAAGCGCCCGCCGCAGCUCCAUCGCCGAUAGCGACCGCCAGUGCAGCUCCAUCGCCGAUGACCUCCGAGUCCGAAGCCCGAGCAAUCACGAACUAUGCUUCACACUACAGGAGAGAUCCGAAAGAUGUUAGCAUCGAGAUGGUUCGGGCUUCCGCCGAAGGGGCUACGCACUGGGCGACUGUAGGUCUGGACUUGACCGCUCGCUCUCCCUUGGGCCAAAGUAUGAACCGUGCCCUAAAGCACAAGCCGGACGUGAAAGCCAUGUACGGCCUCAUGCUAGACCAGUUUAAGGGGGAGUUCAGAAGAGCCUGGGCUGUUCAAAAGGACUUCGAGUUCGUUCGUACGGUGAAAACCACGGAGAACAGCUUCAGGAAGAAGCGGGAGGAUUUGGGAACCUACAAGACCGAGCUUCAAAUCACCCAGCUGCUUGGGGGCACCGAUCAACCAGCCGCCGUUGAGCAAACCCAGAACUAUAUCAAGAUGUGCACCAGAGAAGACCUCAAGGAGUACUGUGUGUGCUUCAACUCGUGGCUGAAAGUUGACACCUACUUGUGGGUGGAGCACCUGAUCAGCACCAGCAACCACCAGGAGUGGCGAUCCACGGUCUCCGUGGAGUGCACGGAAACGAUCCCAGGGUCGUGGGCCGAGAAGGUCGAGAUCUCCAAGGCUAUCCGCUGCUUUGCCGUGGAAAACAACGCCAGACUGGUGGACGUCAAAGAGGAUGAUGUCAGGAACUCCGAGCUCGGAGUGGCCGGGUAUGCCGCUCUGUUUGACAAAACACCGGCGGCAGCGCCGAAAGCGGGAGGGGACGGUAGCAAUGCCAGAGGAGGCAAGGGUAAGAGGACCACGCCGGUGGAGGAUGCCGGUGCUGGUUUGGCGGACGGGGAGCCUGCAGCAGGGACGAAUGGUGGGGAGGAGCCCAAGGCCAAGAAGGCACGCAACGGAGCCAACGUUCUUUCCUCGAAGAAGGAAAAGGAAGUGAAAGAGCUCCUGGCACAGGAGCAAAGCUCGGACAAUACCAUGUCCGUGCUGACGGUGCAAAUGGGCAAGGGCGACGCCUCUUCAUGGGCUUGGGCAAGUGGGUUCGUGAAGAACUACAAGGAUUGCCGGAUGCAGGUGCUCCAGCUCUACGCCGAUAAUCCCUUCUUCCAAUCCAUGAAAGUGGCCGUGCUUUCCUCUAAGGAGCUGCAGAAAGUCAAGAAGGAUUACAAGGAUCUAUAUGUCCCGAAGUUGUGCGAUUUCGUGAGCAUGCUAGGCCCUAAAAUCCUUGCUAUGGCAGAGGCUAGUGCCCAAAUCCAGUUGAUGGCUGAAGCCAAGCAGAAUGCUUCCGAGUCAGCCAAAGCUACCCCUGGACCCAAAUCUAAGGCUAAGUCCAACAAGGGCCCCAAACGAGCGGCCUCGCAGGCAAGCCUUGCUUCCGCUUAG